CGGGGCGAUGCCACCGUGCAUUGCAUUCACCGCGCGCAUCCUCCAAAUGUGUCGUCAUUCUUCAAAACUUUCUUUGAACAUCCAUUAUUUCGUCUUAUGACGUGAAAAACAGCUGUUGACGAAUCUUGACCUUUUAUCCCUGUGGGCUUACGUUCUGCAAGGCGAAACACCCUCCCAGAACCGAUUCUUAUUUGCGUACACCGAUUCAGCUUGCAAAACGACAUCAUGGGCGAGCUCGCCGACUACCUCAUCAAUAACGACCCCAGCUUCAGCAGGUCACGAUUAGCAGCCCGAUACUCGGAUUUUCGAUCACAGCGCACCUUGAAUCCCGAUGGCUACCAGGCAAAUAUUUCCGCCUGGCGCCAGGCCCUCUCAGAUCUUGUCGCCAAGGGCAAGAUUUCCCACCGCGGAUCCAGCCCCGACCACUUCGUCCUCAAACUCGACGACUCCUUACUGCGGUCACUGGAACACAAGGAAUUUGGCCAGCCCCUGGCCCUCGGAACCGUAGUGCGCGAAGCGACCGCCGGCCGGGACUUUAUACCACUACAGGAUUUCGAGAAAUCGCAACAGAGCAUCUAUCAGCGCAGUUGGGCAGGUCUGCCAGGGAGUGUGAUGAGUUGGACUUUGCGACAGCUGGGCGUGGUAGACCCUGCUAGAGGCGACGACAAGCUGCCCACAGGUCAAUAUGUCAUUGUCAAGAAUAUGGAAGCUGCCGCGAAGGAGCUGGGCGAUCUGAUGGCCGAAAAAGUGUCAAGAUUCGAUCGCGUUUUCAGCAGAGCACAAUUUCAAAAAGCCUUUUCCGCCGCUCUCGUUAAAGGCCAACAUCUGACGGACUCGGACCUAGACGUUCUACUGAAGUUUUUGUCGCGGGACAAGGAAGUCAUCGAAUAUGAUGGGAAAACGAUCAGAAUCAAGGGCUCUGGGGAGCAGAGCGGUAUCACAAAGGAAGACGCUGCGAUCGCAUCCCUGAAGGAGCUCACAGAAAGUCUGAAGCACCAAGCCGACCUCCUUAACACACGCAUCGAUGAGCUCUCCCAAACAGCCAAGGAUGCUGUCACUAAAAAGAAUCGCGUUGCAGCUCUUGCGGCGCUCAAAUCCAAAAAGAUUGCAGAGACUUCGUUGGCUACUCGCUACGCGACUCUGAACCAAUUAGAAGAAGUUUCCGCCAAGCUCGAGCAGGCUGCUGACAAUGUGCAGCUUGUCAACGUCAUGGAGGCUUCUUCUGGUGCGUUGGCAAGCCUCAAUGCACAGGUCGGUGGUGCCGAGCGCGUCGAUGCAGUUAUGGAUCGCCUACGGGAGCAGAGCAGUGCGACCGACGAGGUGAGCGCUAUUCUGGCCGAAUCAACAGGCGAGGUUAUCGACGAAACUGCGCUCGACGACGAGCUCGAGUCUAUGGAGGCGCAAGAGCGCGAAAAGGAAGAAGAGAAGACGAAGCGCAAGGAGGCCGAGGAACAGAAAGCCCGCGACGAACGGGAGGCAGCCGAGGCGCAAAAGAAGCUCGACGAGUUGCCUGAUGUGCCUGCUGAUGGUGAGGAGAUCCGACAGAAGGAGCAGACACCAACAUCCGAGACUGGAAUUGCAAAUCUGGCGAUAUAGAAGACGCCAGGCGAGCGGACUGGGAAGAGAACGAAGCUCAGUGCAGGCCGAAUGGUUCAUACGUGUACAUGAUGAUAUAGUAGGAUAUCCCUGGCGUUUUUGGGCUUAAGAUUGUACAAGUGGGUUUUUGUUCAUUAGAAUCUAUACACCAAGGGCACAUUUGUUGUGCCAUUAUAGUAUCAUUAAGUGGUAUCUCAAUGCAUGCCCUUCUAUAUAUGCCAUUUCAACCAUCAGUACGCCGUUCUUAACCGACUUACGAGUCGCGAUCGUAGUUCUCAGGCCAGGGGUUGCUGUGUAUUCGGUCUUGUGAGAACCUGUCCCUGCGGGUGUCUGAUGGAUGUCUGCUCGAAUCCCUAUUGCUUCCUCGGUGGCCCUUAGAUUGAGAGUGCGAUGGCUCAGGCGAUGGACUAUCGGAAUGCGACGGUCGACCUGGGAUUCCUUCAGCCGGUCUUGACGGAAAAGCCGAGGGUCUUGACACAGCCCGCCAGUCUGCAGAAUGGUCUUGCAUUCGAUCGCUAUUCUCUUGUGGUGUUGUUUCCCCGUCCGUUUUCGACUCGUUAGCAGCCUCUUCAGCCUUCUUUUUGGCCUCAAGCCUAGUCCUCUUUGCAUUUGCAAUCAGGUCUUUAAAGGACGAAUCAUGUUUAGCUGCCCAUGCUGCACCGUCGAAGUCUUUGUCUUUGAUGAUUGCUGCAUUCUGUACAGAUCGCCCUGUUGUUGGAGCUCGUCCUCCUUGUGUCCGUUCCCAGACAUCCAAAUCAUGUAACAAUUCGUGACGUUUCCUUGGGCGUGCAGCGUCGCAGUUUGAAUUCCAUAUUGUCAUCCACUCUUUAUGUCGGCGCUCUAGAAGAAUUCGAGUGCCCUGAUUUGAAAUACCAAGAUCAGACAUCUUCUUUCGCAAAGCUUGGUCCUUGAACAUAGAGUAAUUCAUUGCAGGGAGGCGGUCCGGAGCCUUUGUCUGAUGUCGCUGUUGGCUGAAGCUGGCGUUUGAACUACUGCCAGGAGUUCCCCGUGGCUUUUGUACAGGUCCUGUACAUGUCUCGAGGUGCUUGAAAACCUGCCAUUCCUUCAUUCGACUUUCGCAAACUGGGCACGCGACAAGGCCGUCCUCUGGCGAUUGUUAGGAAAGA